AUGACUGCUAAGCUGUUAUCCCGCUACCCAUGGGCUUCUCAUCCCUUCAUUGUGGGCGCUCCUAUGCGCGUUAUGUCGGGCGCCUCUCUUGCCGUCGCGGUCUCGCACGCAGGCGGUUUAGGAUUCAUUGGUCCCGGCGUCAAGACUCAGCAUAUGGAAUCCGAUCUCGAGGAAGCCUCAACUUUAAUCAACAAGGCACGCGGGUCAUUAGCGUUUAGCGCGAUCCCGUUAGCGCAUCCAGUUCUCCCGGUCGGUGUUGGCUUCCAGCUAUGGGCCGACGAUAUCGACAUAGCUGUUGCCACCAUCGAGAAAUUCAAGCCAUGCGCCGCCUGGCUGUAUGCACCACGUGAAAGCCUCACGGAAUUCGACGUAUGGUCUCAAAGAAUCCGCGGAGUAUCUCCUCAAACACAGAUAUGGAUUCAGAUAGGUACCUUAGGGGAGUCAAAGCAGCUUCUGCAAAGCCUGCACAAGCCAGAUGUUGUCGUUGUCCAGGGAUUGGAAUCCGGCGGCCACGGUCGGGCAACAGAUGGGAUGGGCAUCAUGUCACUGUUCCCAGAAGUAGCAGAUGCCAUGGCAGACAGUGGUAUUCCCUUACUAGCCGCAGGUGGCAUUGCCGAUGGACGAGGAGUCGCCGCAGCACUGUGUCUGGGCGCUUCAGGCGUGGUGAUGGGAACACGAUUCUUGGCUGCAAAGGAAGCACGUAUUAGCCAAGGGUACCAGAAUGAGGUUGUACGAGCCUCUGAUGGUGCAGUCAACACUACCCGUACAUUACUUUACAAUCACCUCAGGGGCACGUUCGGGUGGCCGGCUGGAUAUAGCCCAAGAACAAUCAUCAACAGAUCAUUUCUGGAACAUCAACAAGGAACCUCUUUCGAAGAGCUCAAAAAGCUUCACGAUGAGGCAUCAGAAAUGGGUGACAGUGGCUGGGGGGCCGGAGGGCAGAUUGGCUACCUAUGCAGGGGCCUCUAUAGGACUUAUUCAUGA